CAGGAAAUGAAAUGAUGGAAUCAUAAACUGUUAUUUUAUCUCAAACUUGAGGAGGCAAUCUAAGCCGUAGAUUGGGUUUAAAACUUUUGCAAGGCAGUUACUUAACAGAGGUUGUGUUCUGUCUUUGUAACAUAAACCUCCAGUUACCCCCCAUCGGUUUCUUUUGUCCACAUCUUGUCUUGAAGACCAAGAACGGCUGUCCGGUGAGAUAGAGAGCACAAUCAGCAUCUUACAGAAGCAGCCUCGUAAAUCUGUGAAGUGAUUUGAUGGGUAAUGUAAUCGCUUCAUUUUUCUCUGGAUUUGGUCAAGUCCUUGGCAAUCUCUUUGGCGCCCCACUUGAUUUUCUUGCCGGAAAGUCUUGCAGUUCAGUUUGUGGGCCAACAUGGGAUUUCAUCUGCUACAUCGAAAAUUUUUGUCUUGCCAAUCUGCUGAAGUUGGCCAUAGUGCUGGCUUUAUUAUACUUGGUUCUCUUGUUCUUCUAUCUUUUAUACAAGCUUGGAAUCUGCUGGUGCAUUGGUCAUAGCCUCUGCAAAAUGGUGUGGGCAUGCUUGGUUACCUGGUUCUCUUUUUGGGAAUAUUGCUUCACUUUCUUGUGUGUUAAGCUCAUAAAAUUCAAAAGAAGAAACCAACGCGGCAGAAGGAACAUUUUUGAAAUAGGCCAAACAGAUUCUAGUUAUGAACAAGAAUCUUCCAGCAGUGAAAGCUUUUCAUCAGAUGAUAUACCCAGAAGCAAUUAUUCAUCUCGCCGAGGGAGAGAUUACAGGGAAGCUCACCGAAAGAAGUCUCUGCGGCCAAGAAGCUACCGUGUACAAGUUGGGAUUAGUAGAAGAAAUGCAAUACAAAGUCAUAGAAGGAACUCCUUGAAGCAUCACAGCCAUGGUAGCCAAGUUCAUGAUCAUAUAAGGGUAACUCACACAUCAAGGUUUGUUAAGAAAGGCAGAAGCAUUAGGAGAGGAGUUUAUGGGAGUCAAAAAUGGUAAAUCUUAAAUUUAUUUUGAUCCUCAGUAUAAUUUCUCAUGAAAAUAUUAACUAUAAAAAAUAAAGCAAGAAUUAAAUUUCCUUUCU